GCAGUGUGAGUGGCAGUGUGAGGGCGGGAGCAGUGGGUGAGGCUCCUCCCUGUCUCUGGGCGGCACUGUGUGUGCGCGGCCUCUCUCUCUGUGUGUGUGUGUGUGUGUGCGGAGACCGAGGAGCGGAGCGGCCCUGUGACUGAGGAACUUUGAAGAAAUUCAGACUGCGAAGACCAUGGAGAAAAUGGGAAGCAAAAGAAAGUUUCGGAUCUGUGUGGCUACCAGCAAUCGUGCGGAUUACUCCAAGCUCGCUCCCAUCAUGUUUGGAAUCAAGGCGCAACCCGAAUGCUUUGACUUGCAAGUGGUUGUUUUAGGAUCCCAUCUAAUUGACGAUUAUGGGAACACAUAUCGCAUGAUUGAACAGGAUGAUUUUGACAUCAACACAAGCUUGCAUACAAUAGUCCGUGGUGAAGAUGAGGCGGCCAUGGUGGAGUCUGUAGGCCUGGCCUUGGUGAAGUUGCCAGAUGUACUUAACCGCUUGAAGCCAGAUGUGAUGAUUGUUCAUGGAGACAGGUUUGAUGCUUUAGCUGUUGCAACCUCAGCUGCCCUGAUGAAUAUUCGAAUUCUGCACAUUGAGGGCGGUGAGGUUAGUGGUACCAUAGACGACUCGAUCCGACAUGCUAUUACCAAACUGGCCCACUAUCAUGUUUGUUGCACACGCAGUGCAGAACUGCACCUUAUAGCCAUGUGUGAGGAUCAUAAACGUAUCCUAUUAGCUGGGUGCCCAUCUUAUGACCUGCUACUUAAUGCAAAAACCAAGGACUACCAAAGCAUUCUACAAACUUGGCUAGGAGACGAUGUGAAGCCCAAAGAAUAUAUUGUGGCUCUGCAACACCCAGUUACCACCAACAUUAAACAUUCUGUGAAGAUGUUUGAACUGACACUAAAUGCUCUAAUAACAUUCGAGAAGCGAACAUUGAUUCUGUUCCCCAACAUCGAUGCAGGAAGUAAAGAAAUGGUGCGUGCAAUGAGGAAGCAAGGUAUCGAGCAAAAUCCGAAUUUCAGAGCAGUUAAACACAUUCCCUUUGAGCAGUUCAUCCAAUUGGUGGCAUACGCUGGGUUAAUGAUUGGGAACAGUAGUUGUGGUGUGCGAGAAGCAGGGGCUUUUGGUACGCCUGUCAUCAACUUGGGAACUCGGCAGACUGGAAGAGAAACAGGUGAAAAUGUUCUCCAUGUCCGUGAUGCUGACUGCCAGAAUAAAAUUCUGCAUGCAUUGCAGCUUCAGUUUGCCAAGCAGUACCCUUGUUCAAAGAUUUAUGGAGAUGGGAAUGCAGUUCCACGGAUACUGAAAUUUCUGAAGUCCAUUGACAUCAAUGAGCCUUUGCAAAAGAAUUUCUGUUUUCCACCAGUGAAAGAGUGCAUCUCUCAAGACAUUGACCAUAUCCUGGAAACGCAAAGUGCUCUUGCUGUGGAUUUAGGAGGAACCAACCUGAGGGUGGCUAUCAUCAGUAUGCAGGGUGAUCUUAUAAAAAAGUACAUACAACCCAAUCCUGAAACUUUCAAUGAGAGAAUUGCGUUGAUUCGGAAGAUGUGUGUCGAUGCAGCAACUGAAUCUGUGAACCUUAAUUGCAGGAUUCUCGGAGUUGGCAUAUCCACGGGUGGACGUGUAAACCCAGCUGAAGGAAUUGUCCUUCAUUCCACCAAACUUAUUCAGGAAUGGAUCUCUGUAGACCUAAGGACACCAAUCUCUGAUGCUCUUCACCUGCCUGUGUGGGUGGACAAUGAUGGAAACUGUGCUGCUUUGGCAGAAAAAAAGUAUGGCCAUGGCAAAGGAGUAGAAAACUUUGUAACCGUGAUCACUGGCACAGGAAUAGGAGGGGGGAUCAUUCACAACUCUGAGCUGAUUCAUGGCAGCAUGUUCUGUGCUGCUGAGCUUGGCCACAUCAUUGUGUCACUAGAUGGACCAGAGUGCAUGUGUGGGGCCAGGGGCUGUAUAGAGGCUUAUGCUUCAGGAAUGGGACUGCAGCGAGAAGCAAAAAAAUUACAUGACGAAGAUUUGCUCAUGGUGGAAGGUAUGUCUAUCAAGAAUGAAGAAGCAGUCAGUGCUGUUCACUUAAUACAGGCUGCCAAACUGGGCAACACCAAAGCACAAAAUGUCCUCAGAACAGCUGGAACUGCUCUGGGAAUUGGUAUUGUGAAUAUUCUCCACACGGUGAACCCGUCUCUUGUCAUUCUCUCCGGAGUUUUGGCCAGUACAUUUGAGAGCAUGGUGAAGGAUGUCAUUGCCCAGAGAGCUCUGAGCUCCACUCAGAACGUUGAAGUUCUUGUUUCAGAUCUCUUGGAGCCUGCACUGCUUGGAGCAGCCAGUAUGGCUUUAGAUUAUGCUACACGCAGAACCUAUUAGAUCAUCACAAGCAUUCAGUUACCAGAAUUAACAUUGGGGUCUAAAAUACGGGCUUUUUUUUAGUCCUUAGUUCAGGAGCCGGAGUGGGGACUCUUUCUGGGAAUUAUAAGUACAUGUGGAACCUCUGCUCCAAAAGAAGAUUGUAUUCAGAGGUUUUUCCUAUGAGUCCAUGCAUUUACAUUCCUUCAUUAAGUAAUGAAUCCCAUUUGAAAUUGACAGAUGAAAUAGCCACAAUGGGAAUUUUAGAGCCCAAUGUGGCUGUAUCGACUGUUCCAAAUCAGUUCUAUUUUUAAAGUGUUCCCUCAUUCAUUUUUUGUUCAUUCGUUCUUUAGUGAAAUCUGGAGCGGAAUUUACAUCAAUAAAUGAAAGGAGGGAACUAUCAGACCUUUCCAAUCUCUACAGUUUCAAACUUUUCAAUAUUUAAUUGCCCCUGGGGAUAGAUGAUGUGACGCAUACUUUUUUGUUACUUUUAUACAAUCUGAAUUUAUGUGUAUAUAUUAUAAAAAUAUAAUUUCUGGAGUCAGUAGCGCUGAAUGUGGUGCAUUUUCAUAUAGAGGGAUGGGAAAUCAGAGAGUGGCAUGCAUGACAAUUGCAGCAGUUGGUUUAGCCAGAAUUACUUGAACAGUUACCAGAAUCAACAUAAUAUUUGUGCUUUCAAGUUUUCUCUGUAGUUCACUUUGGUUUCUCUUGAGCCCCUCACAUUUCUUGUCCUUUUUUCCUCUCUUUUUUCACGUCUUCAGUUACUCAAUGUUUACUUUGAUUUCCAUCAACAAGCUUGUUACAUGCAAAUCACCCAUGCAUGAUGUUUAAUAGUGAACAAAAGAACCAUUUGUCAAGGUUGUAUGUAUUCCUUCAGACAUGUUAGAUUAGUGAAUAAACAUUUAAGAGUUCCCCUUUGAAA